GCUGUAGGACAUGGAGAAUGGUGACAGUGCUGCUCAAAUAAGUUUUCUAAACUCCAUUAUAGCUGAUAUGCAGAAGAAAAAUGAUACAUUAAAAGCUAAAAUCGAAGCGUUGGAAGCAUUGCCCACGGAUUAUACCAAGCCACAUGCUUUCGAUCUGAUAUCUAAACGUAAACCAGCGCCUCGUGUAUUUUGUGAUAUUUGUGAUGAAUUUGACAAGCAUGAAACCGAAGAUUGUCCUCUACAGGCUUCAGACGACAGACCUUAUACACCACCGCCGAAAGCGGAGCGAAACAACAAUGAACCGAAAGAAAGGAAAUUGCCUGAACCCAGAAAGUAUUGUGAAUCAUGUGAAGUUUUUGGACACGAAGCUGGAGAAUGUGAUGAUGAAUGUUACUAGUAUUAUCUUUAUUUU